CCGCAGGCUACCAAUUUUUACGCGUUACACAUGCUCAGUAAAAUUAGCAAACAUCAAAAUAUAGGUAAAGUGUUCUCUCGUAAACAAGUAAGCAAAUUGCUUGCAGCUGGAAAAGAUGGAUCGCUCAUUGUUGAUGUCGGCCUAGAGAUAACAUCGAUGUCAAUAGUGCCAAAUACGAAUACAAUGAAUGUGGAUGUGAUCAUAACAAGGACAUGGAAUGAUCCAUCACUAUAUUUUGCUCAUCUGCAACCAUGUCACCCAUACCUCAACCUCAUUAGCCAACGGAACAAUCUAUGGAUACCUGAACUGUCGUUUCCACUUUCAAAUGGCGCUUAUGAGCACGAUACAACUAUACAGCUGAGCAGGGAAGGCACCAUAGUGCAUUCGACGAGGAUGCAGCAAACAAUACCUUGCCAAACUAGCGCACUUGAUUAUCCAUUUGGAAAUGUUACAUGCACAUUGAUGUGGAGGAACGAAGCAAACUCAAGAGAUAAUCAACAAAUGAGAUGGGACAACAAUGCUUUGUCAAGGCCUUUUGGUGGAAAUAAAAUUGAUCAGGUAGGAGACCUUAUCCUCCUUGAUGUCAACCUGGACCAUACUGAACUUUAUCGUCAUAAUGGUGUAUUUGAUGAGCUCUCAGCAAUGUUUACGUUUCGGAGGGGUCACUACAAACUCCUUCUGCUAUUCUUUCUUCCUUCUGCACUUUUCAUGCUCAUGAGCUGGUUUUCCCUCAUCCUUGGCCCAAUGGCCAUUACACGGUCCAUUCUCAUUGUUGGCUCACUUGUUUUGCUGCUCAUCCACUACAGUACGAAUAUGGCAGGCUUACCGGAAACUACGGGUGUUACCUCAAUAGACGUCUGGAAAGUAUUUUCUCUGCUAUUUGUUAUGUCAAUACUAAUGGAAUUAGUCAUCGUAACUUGCAUGGCAUCUAUGGGAAGAUCGAGAAAGUGGACGUCGUGUUGCCGCAGCGGUAGAAGAAAGGGCAAAUACGAACUCGAACCACUCUAUGAGGAGCUGAAUGACUUGAGAACUCGAAAAACAAGAAGAACAUGCGGCUGUUGCCGGUACACAGCUCUAAUACUAGACUGUGUGUCUCUAUGGAUAAGUGCAGCUGUCUUCGUUCUAUUUAUGUUCCUCUUCUUUACACGAGGACAGAAGAUUGUCGAAUGGCUCAAUGAACUGAACCUGAAGAAUUUGUCGCUGUAACGGUUUUGAAGCUUUUUUCAUGCAUCAAGUUGCUUAUCGCUAGAGAACGAGUGUGAAUACUUUAUCAUGUGUUAGUAGCGGAAAUUGAUAACGUCGUUUUUGUGAGAACAAGAGCGAAGUGUCAGUGGCUGCACAAUAAAUUUUAUCAAGCUG